UUCUUCUAUCCAUCUGACAGUCGCAUCCAUUAGCGACUGGUUUGGUUUCGCCUUCUUUCUCCUUUCGAAUCUCACCAUUUAAUUUCACAAUCAUAUUCUUUUUUAUUUAUUCUCUGAAACUAAAGCUUUAACUCACCACCUAUAGCCAUGGCCUCCAUGGCCACGUUCUUGUUUUGCAUCUUGGCUCUGCUUUUCAUACCAAGUGGCCACUCGGCCAUGGCCAAAAAGACCUACAUUGUUCACAUGAAAAAUCGUGACACGCCACUUGGUUACCCCACUCGUCAGGAAUGGUACUCUGCUAGCCUCUCUACUCUUUCUUCGAGCACGGAUUCGCUGCUUUACUCCUACACCAAUGCUUACCCUGGAUUCGCAGCCUCUUUGGAUCCUGAACAAGCUGAGUUGCUCCGCCAAUCCGACGACGUCUUGGGUGUAUACGAAGAUACAGUUUAUACCCUUCACACGACUCGAACCCCUGAGUUUCUGGGUCUGGAGGUCGAUGGUGGACUCAGUACUCAGGACAUUAACCAGGCCUCUCAUGAUGUCAUUGUUGGAGUUUUGGAUACUGGGGUGUGGCCCGAAUCCAAAAGCUUCGACGAUACUGGGAUGCCUGAGAUCCCAACCCGGUGGCGUGGGGAGUGCGAAACGGGGCCAGAUUUCAGUUCAUCUCUCUGCAACAAGAAGCUCAUUGGAGCUCGAAGUUUCGCCAAGGGCUACCAGAUGGCGUCCGGCGGGAGCUUCGUGAAGCAGCGCAAAGAGAUCGUAUCACCUCGGGACCGAGACGGCCACGGGACCCAUACGGCGAGCACUGCCGCUGGCGCACACGUAGUGAACGCUAGCUUGCUCGGCUACGCCAGCGGGACGGCGCGUGGGAUGGCGACCCACGCUCGAGUGGCCACAUACAAAGUCUGUUGGAGCUCGGGUUGUUUCGGGUCGGACAUUCUCGCAGGUAUGGAUCGGGCCAUUGCUGACGGCGUUGAUGUUCUCUCUAUGUCCUUGGGAGGUGGGUCCGCCCCUUACUACCGCGACACUGUCGCCAUCGGAGCAUUCUCUGCCAUCGAGAAGGGCAUUUUUGUCUCUUGCUCUGCUGGUAACAGUGGGCCCAGUAAGGCCUCAUUGGCCAAUGUGGCCCCAUGGAUCAUGACUGUUGGAGCUGGGACUCUGGAUCGUGAUUUCCCUGCUUUCGCUUUGCUGGGAAACAAGAACCGGUUUAGUGGGGUCUCACUCUACAGUGGACCCGGAAUGGGAAAUAAACCGGUGGCAAUUGUCUACAAUAAAGGGUCCAACAGUUCGGGCAACUUGUGCCUGCCCGGUUCACUCGAACCAAGAUUGGUACGUGGGAAAGUGGUGUUGUGCGACAGAGGUGUGAAUGCACGUGUAGAGAAAGGUGCGGUGGUCCGCGACGCCGGAGGGAUCGGGAUGAUACUGGCCAACACGGCCGCGAGCGGCGAGGAAUUGGUGGCAGACAGCCACUUGUUACCGGCCGUGGCGGUGGGAAGGAAGGGUGGUGACUUGAUUAGGGAGUAUGUGCGGUCAGAUCCUUAUCCAACGGCUGUGCUGAGCUUCGGUGGGACCGUGUUGAAUGUACGACCCUCUCCCGUUGUGGCGGCGUUUAGUUCAAGGGGGCCCAAUCUUGUGACGCCCCAGAUCUUGAAGCCGGAUGUUAUUGGGCCUGGGGUGAACAUCUUGGCUGCAUGGUCAGAAGCUAUUGGGCCCACUGGGCUUGAGAAGGACACGAGGAAAACGAAGUUCAACAUUAUGUCAGGCACAUCAAUGUCUUGCCCACAUAUCAGUGGUCUAGCCGCUUUACUCAAAGCAGCUCAUCCAGAAUGGAGUCCCAGUGCAAUCAAAUCUGCCCUCAUGACAACCGCAUAUGUAAUAGAUAACACCAAAUCCCCCAUUCGGGAUGCAGAAGGAGGUGCCGCGUCCAACCCAUGGGCUCACGGGUCGGGUCACGUCGACCCACAGAAAGCCCUCUCACCCGGUCUCGUUUACGACAUCUCAACCCAACAGUACAUCCAGUUCUUGUGCUCCUUAGACUACACCCUCGAACAUGUCCAAUCCAUUGUCAAGCGCCACAAUGUCACCUGCUCUAAAAAGUGGUCUGACCCGGGAGCUCUAAACUACCCUUCAUUCUCUGUCGUUUUUGGAAACAAACGUGUCGUUCGCUACACUCGUCAAUUGACUAACGUUGGAGCUGCAGGGUCUGUAUAUACCCUAACUGUUGAUGCACCUCCAAUGGUAAAGGUGUCUGUUAAGCCGACCAAGCUUGUGUUUAAAACAGUUGGGCAGAAGCUGCGAUACUCGGUGACUUUUGUGGCAGCUAGCGGUGCAGCCUCUGCAAGGUCUGCUUUUGGCUCAAUCUUGUGGAGCAACGCUGAGCACCAAGUUAGGAGCCCUGUUGCAUUUGCAUGGACGCAGUUGUGAGAAAAUGGUUUAAUGCGUUUCUUUAACUGUUGUUCCUUUCAAGAGAUUUUUCUCUCUGGAGGGGGUCAAAUGUGCCUAUUUGCCAAGAGGGAAAUAGAGGCCUGAAGGCUGUGAUCAAGUUGGAUAAAAAUUUUAGUAUUUGGGAUUUGCAGUUGUAACAAUUUCAGAGAGUGGGGUGAAAGGAGUUGAUAACGAACUCCUCUGUAUGUUCUGCUUUUUUAAAACUAAUCUAAUAGAAUGACACAGCAGUGUUUAAUUCUGUUUAUGACAGACAUA